UUGAAUAUGGCAUUACUUCGAACUGAUAUCAAUAUUGACCAACCAAGAUGGGAUCAAAGUACUUAUAUUGGACGUGCUAAACAUUUUUUUGCCGUUACAAAUCCAUUGAAUAUACUUUGUUCAAAUCGUGAAUUAGAAGAAGCCAAAGGAAUUCUCUAUAAAUAUCGUAAAGGUGAAAUAAUCAAUGGAUUAACUGAGGAAAAAUUAUGGCGUUAUAAACAUAUCUAUGAUUCGGCAUUUCAUCCGGAUACUGGUGAAAAAAUGACUGUUAUUGGUCGAAUGUCUGCACAGGUUCCAAUGAAUAUGGCCAUUACUGGAUGCAUGAUGACCUAUUACAAAACACCAGCACAGACCAUUUUCUGGCAAUGGUUUAAUCAAUCGUUCAAUGCAAUUGUCAACUAUACGAAUCGUAGUGGUGAUAGUCCAAUUCCAGUCUCGCAAUUGGUUAAAUCAUAUUGUUUUGCCACAUCCGGUGCUCUAGUCACGGCUUUAUCGCUAAACAGUUUGGCUAAACGUUUCCCACCCUUAUUGGGCCGUUUUGUUCCAUUUACUGCUGUUGCUGCUGCCAAUUGUGUUAACAUUCCAAUGAUGCGAUCAAGUGAAUUGACAAACGGCAUUGCAAUUGAAGAUGAAAAUGGCAAUAAAAUUGGAUAUUCAAAAACGAUGGCCAAAGAGGCAAUUUCACAGGUGGUUUUAUCUCGAAUAAUGAUGGCUGCACCUGGAAUGGUUAUUCCACCGAUUGUUAUGAAUCAGUUAGAAAAACGUGGUGUUCUUCGUCGAAUGCCAUGGAUUUCAGCACCAGCACAAGUUUUAAUGUGUGGUUUAUGCUUAACAUUUGCUACACCAUUAUGUUGUGCAUUGUUUCCACAGAAAAAAUCCGUACCAAUUGAACGAUUGGAAGAUGAUAUCCAAGAACAUGUUCGUAAGACCAAUAAUCCCUGCAAAAUAGCUUAUUAUAACAAAGGAUUAUGAGAUAUUAUUAUUAUUAUUAU